AUGUCUGGUCGCGGCAAACAAGGAGGCAAUGCUCGGGCUAAGGCCAAGACCCGAUCGCGUCCCCGGGCCGGUCUGCAGUUUUCCCGUCGGUCGUGUUCACCGUCCUGCUCAGGAAGGGCAACUAUGCCGAGCGGGUCGGGGGCCGAGCUCACCGUCUAUCUGGCCGCCGUCCUGGAGUAUCUGACGGCUGAGAUCCCAUGGAGCUGGUCCGCAACGCCGCCCGAGACAACAAGAAGACCCGCAUCAUCCCCCGACACCUCCAGCUGGCUGUCCGCAACGACGAGGAGCUCAACAAGCUGCUGGGCGGCGUCACCAUCGCCCAGGGAGGAGGAGUCCUGCCCAACAUCCAGGCCGUGCUGCUGCCCAAGAAGACCGAGUGCCACAAGGCCGCCAAGAGCAAGUAAUCCCCCCACAAGGAUUCCUUCUAUCCGCCAACACAACGGUUCUUCUCAGAGCCCCCACUUCUCCAUACAAAGGGCGGCCAUACGGCUUCUAUGGACACCAAUCCCACACUCCUCUCUAUCUCCCGCUUCUAUGUCAUAUGUUCUCUCUGGAUACAUUGUCCCGGAUUUCUCUGGCAGUCUCCUUAUUUCUAACCAGUCAGUUCACAUUUGUUUUUUAUGA